CGGUAGAGGUCCGCGAUUUCCGGGAGUAGUAUCGCCAGUGGGAAGGUGCGCGCAGGGGGACCUGUUGGAAAUGACGCGAGCUGAAAUCCUGUUUGAGAAAAGAACUCACAACAAACAACCCGGGGUCUAAGGCAGAGCGCACCGAGCCAGCGGUAAACAGGGUAAUGCUCAAUGGAGACGCUCAUGAGUGCCGUGGCCCCACGUGCACCGGCUGCGACGGUGAAGCGGGUGUCCGAGGUAGACUUCCGCUCGGGCACGACUCUGGAGCAGCUGUCCGCUCAGGUGCAGGAGCUGGUGCAGCUGGAACAGGGAGAGUUCGGAGACCAGACCGCACUCGAGGUGCACACGGCCAAAGACUUCAUCUUUAAUAUGCUGGGCCUGGUGCAGAAGGUAGACAAGCGAUUGCCAGUUGCCAAUGAAUACCUGCUGCUAUCAGGUGGAGCCAGGGAAGGAGUUCUUGACCUGAACCCAGAGGACCUAGGUGACUAUGCCAAAGGUGUUGACUUUGAUUUGGACUUUACUCUGCUGGUACCCGCUCUUAAACUGCAUGACCGAAAUCAGCCUGUAACUUUGGACAUGCGGCACUCCCCACCAUGUCAUUCAUGGUUGAGCCUGCGCCUCUGUGACCCUACAAUGCUGACACGUUGGAGUAUCUGCUGUCAAGAUGAGAAAAAUAGAGAAAAUAAAGAUCUGGAAGACGAGGAUGAAGAAACUGAAGCAGUACGAGGCUCAAUUCCAUCCCUGCAGCCUCCUCAGUCAUUAGAUGGAUGUUAUUUCUCUCCAUUGCUGGUCGCCGAUUGGUUCUGGAGUGUAGUUGGGACGGCGGUAGAAGAGUUGCGGAGAAAUCCUCAAAGAGGGAUUCCUGUUCCUGAUCGUGUGGAGCGGAAUGGUCCCCUAACAACACUAAUUCUGACUGCAGGAACUAGUCGUAUCCUUUACGACUUGCUUCCAGUAGUGUCGUUUCGUGGCUGGCCAGCCGUCGCACAGGGCUGGCUCACGACCAAUCAUUUCUGGGAUGGCAAAAUAACAGAGGAGGAGGCCAUCAGCGGGUUCUACUUGCUUCCUUGCUGUUCUCCAUCUGCCAGCCCUUCAACCAGACCUGACCGUGAAUGGAGACUCGCCUUCUCCCGCAGUGAGGUCCAGCUAAAGAAAUGCGUGCCCUACCCAAUGGCACAAGCCUUCCAAGCAGCUAAAGCUGUACUGUCAAGAAUAUUAGCUCGCCCUCGCACCGGCCUUAGCUUAUACCACCUACGUACCUUGAUGUUUUGGGCUUGUGAUCGCUUGCCUACAACCUACUUAAGCUGUCCAGAUCAUGAGACUCCUGCACGGCUGUUCCUUGGUCUACUUGAUGAUUUGGCUCACUGUAUUCUGGGCAAACAUUGUCCUAAUUACUUCCUCCCCCAAUGCAACAUGCUUGAGCACCUUACGGACAGCGCCGCCCUGUUAGUGGCACGAAAACUUGCACAUUUACGCUCCGAUCCCGCAGAGCACUUAAGAGCUGCUUUGGAGCAGGCACAACAGGCAUGCCAGCUCAAACGUGAGGCCGCGGUAGCUGCGAGCAAUGGCCAUGGGUUAUCAUCACCUACCCAUGGAUAUGGUGCGGGAUCCCCACAGGACGACCGGCUAGCACAGCGACUACAACAGCUGGUGACAGAAAACCCUGGCAAGUCUAUUUCAGUCUUCCUCAACCCUGAUGAUGUUACACGCCCGCAUUUCCGCAUUGACGACAAGUUCUACUGAAUGGACUGAGCUGGUUUACACACUGCCCAGGGUACAGAAACCCUAUAUGACAGAACUUCUAGAAGACCUAGUCAAGUCACUGUGCUACUGUAUUACCAAAUAGUAAAAAUGAGUCUUCACAGAGGGUUCUCUGUUUGGCUCAACAAGGCUGACUACAAUCAAAGUUGCUUGACACUCUUAAGGGAUUGUAUGAGUUUCACAGGUGUCACUAUGUCAGGGAGAACAAAAGUAACAGGAAGGAUAAAUUUUAACUAUGCGACUCGUAUAAAAUCGAAAUUCAGUCCCAUCUUAAGGAAAUCCCCAUCGACAGACUGCACAUCAAGUAGACUUGAUUCAAAGAUGCUAUUCUGUUCGAAGAGUUUUUUUUUUUUAAAACUUGCUACUCAAUACUACUGAGAAAGGAAACUAGUAUUUUUCUGCUGUGUUCCACAGUAAAUCCCGAGGGCAGUAGAACUGGAAAACUAACUAAGCCAAGGUACAUUAUGAUGAAAUCGAAUGUAAUUUUUUUUUUUUCCUUUUUUUUUUUUUUUCUUUUUUUUUCAGUGUAUGUGUGGAGAAGUUUGUGACUAUUGAUCACAUAAUCUUCUCUUUCUUUAGUCUGUCAGUUACCCUGCUUGCUCCCUUUCUCAGGUACUUUUUUUCUUUUUAACUGGUGAGUCUUGAGCUGUUCUACAGUCAAAAACAACAAAAGCAGAAAGUGAGAAAAAGAUGAGGAAUAACUUGUAAAUCUAGGCCUUGUCCUUUAUGUAUAAGAAGCUGUUGUACAGCCUGUAGAAACAGUCUUUUUGAAACAAAUGUUGUUCGAAGCUAUUUUCUGUUUACUUUUUUUUUUUUAUAUAUAUAGAUUCUUAUGUUAGAUGCGGGUGAUGGUCCAUCAAGUUUCAGAGACCGUUUUAGAUUAGUUAGUCUGACAACACUAAUUGAUUCAGAUUUUGUAUCGUUUUUGUUUCUGAUUGGAUUCUAAUCUGCACAUGAAUAAGCAGUAUAUGUUAGUGCUAUUCUAAGGGCUUUUCUUUGUCAAUCAUUGUUUCAUAUGUCGGGAGGAAACAAAAUAUGGAAGAUACUUUGGAAAGUGGGAUUUUGCAGUGAUAAAGGUUAGCUGCCAGAACUAUGUACCGAAACAAUGAAAAGACAGAUCCAGAGUGGGCAAAAGAGGUUUAGAGAAAGGAUAGAAGGAAUGUGUAAAGAGACAGAGCAAUGCAUCCUAGUGUUUUUUGUGUUUGUGAAAGGGUCCUACAGUAUCUCGCUCUUGCAGAUUUGCAUUGGUAGCUGUGGGAGGCAGAGAUGGAUGAAGAAAGUCAAACACAACGUCCACUGGAUAGAUUAGGCUGAACCAAUGGGACUCCUGGGACUGUAGACAUCUGCUCUCCCUCACUCAUUUUUGCUUUCUGUCGUCUUCCUAAAUCCUUCCCUCUUCAUCGGCCUCCAUCUCUGGCUGUUCUUGAUCCAUCUCUACCUCUUUGACUGUGCUCAAGGAUUAAAGAACAAUGUUACACGUGUAUUCAGCAUAAAUCGUAUUAGCGCCCUGUGGGAGUUGGCAGACCAUUCGUGUGUGCUGCUGACAUGGCUGCUGCGCAAAUACAGAGCAAUCAGUAACACUGUUGCCUUUGAAUGACAGCAAAAUGGUGGGGAAUAGGCUUUUUCUAGUGGAUUUCUUAUUUCAAUAUGUGAGACGGGAGACAUGCUACUGAAAAGAGUUUGUGUAGUGUUGCACAUGGGACAGGUGGGUACAUAAUGUCUGCUGUAUGCCAAGGAAAAGACACCAAAGAAAGUUUAAAGGACUGAUUGCUGAGAUUAAAUGUCAUGAAGAAAAGCGGAUGUAUUUCUGUUGUAUAUUGUCAGGGUUUGACACUGUAUACCUUAAAAGGCCUCUUUAGUGGGUUUAAAUAUCGUAAAAUGCUUGAAUCAAUAUUUGUAAUGCUGAUUUAAAUGUUUGUAAUGCUGAUUUAAAUGCAUAUAUUGACCGUUGUUUAGCACAAUGCCUGAUAUCAAAUGAACAGUGGUACUAUGCAAGAUUUCAGAAUCACCUUUAUGAAUGAGAUAUUAAGGCCUACCAUGUCUGUGAUCAUUACAGAGAGUAUUUUAUACAAUGAAUUCAUUGGGGAAAAAAUUAAUGUUCCUGCCUCAGGGCAUAAUAAAAUGUUCCGGACGCAUUUCAGGUGAUAUAUCUGAAGGAAGCCAAAGCACAAUUUUCCUUCCCAACUUUUUAAUGAUGUGGUCCCAGUGUUUCAUUAUCUGACAGCAUAGUCCCUUGUGUCAUGCUGUUGUGUACAAAAGGUUUUUUUUGCCCUCAAGCAGAAAAGAAAAUGCGAAUGUAAACAACUUAUUGUACCUCUUGAAUUAAUCUUGUCAUCAACUCAAAUUCUCAGAACGGAAAUGGAACAAUGCGUAUUUAAAUGGUACCAAAUAUUUAUAUAUUUAAUAUCAAUUCUCUAUCGUGCCUCAGAAGGCUUCUUUUUUUUUUUUUUUUGUGCUGGGGUGGGGAAUUACCCUCUAUGUAAUCAUGUGUGAUGAUGCUGGUCGUA